GGACUAGGUGCUUUAUAGCAUAUCGACCUGUUAUCAUAAUUCGGCUUGUAUACAUGUUUGGGUUAGAUUGGGUUUAUGCUUCACUUCCUACUCUAAAUUAAUAGUAUACUUUAUUUUAAAGUGAUUUCGACUUCUUUUAAGACAUGUAUAAAUGAAGGAAAUUUAGCCAUUACGAUUCUUAAACUUUGAUGUUAAUCUUGAAUAUAAAAGUAGAUAAAUAGGUGACUAGUAAGAGACAAUUGUAAGGAACACAUUAUCAAGUGGCAAAAAAAUGGUCGGAGGUAAGGAAUCAGUUGAUUUAAGGAAGAAGAAAAGAAGCCUUAUUCCUCUAAUGUUCCCUCUCUUUUGCACGUAUUCUUCUCCUCUUAACUUUUGAUCUUCAUAUAGACUCACUAAUUUGUAACUCACACAAGGACACAAGUUAGUAGUUUGCAUAUUCAUGGCUUCCCACUUCACUUCAUCUUCCAGUGUUUGGUUUCUCUUGAUUGCUAUUGCCUUUGGGCUAAAGUCGUCCGAGAGUGCAAAUAUUACCAUUAUAAACUAUUGUAAAGAGACAGUAUGGCCUGGAAUUACACCUAAAAACAAUUUCAGUGGAGAUGGUUUUGAGCUGAAACAAGGCCAGUCUGCUGUUUUUAUCGCCCCGGCCGGGUGGAGUGGCCGUAUAUGGGGUCGAACCGGGUGUGACUUUGACAAGAACGAUAAUGGUACGUGCCAAACCGGUAGGUGUGGGACCGGUCUAAAAUGUAGAGAACCGGGUCAGCCUCCAGCUUCAAUUGCCGAAUUUACCCUUGGAGAUACUGACUUUUACGACGUUAGCCUUGUGGAUGGGUUCAACUUGCCUAUAGUAGUAAAACCUGUUAAUGGCAAAGGAAAUUGCAGUUCUGUUGGCUGUGACAGUGAUCUCAGGCCAAAUUGCCCUUCUGAGCUAGCUCUCAAGUCGGAAGGCAAGACGAUCGCCUGCCGGAGCGCGUGUAACAUCUUCAAUACCGAUGAAUAUUGCUGUAGGGGUACAUUUAGUAGUCCAGUUUCAUGUUUGCCUACAAACUAUUCAAGGAUUUUCAAGACAGCAUGCCCUGAGGCUUAUAGCUUUGCCUUUGAUGACCCAACUAGUAUCAUCACUUGCUCUUCCACUGACUAUGUUGUCUCAUUUUGUUCUUCAAGGAACCAGACACAGUGCACAAAUCAUGGCAAAAAUGUGACUUGUAAUGGAGCAUAUGGAUUGAAGUCACUCUUUGAAACAAGGCAUAUACUGAUGGUUGGCUUGACAACAGUGAUUAGUCUUGGAGGAGUGAUGUUUUGACAGAAUAUUGUACAGAUUCACAUCUUUUUGAGCACCUGUUGGCAACUACAUUUACUUUUUCAUUCAUAUAGGAUUUUGAUUGCAUUUCCUGUCUUUUGAAAUUUUGAGUGUGAAAACAUCAAAAGUUGGCCAUUUA